UAAGAUGGUCUCUGUAUAUGUGCAGUGAAGAUGAGCAACUACAGGGAAUAAAUAGCCUGACAGGAUGUCUGUAAAUCAUGUCUGUGAUCUUGUGUAAGGCUACAGGGAUGAUCACUGAUUUCUGGGCAGAUCAUAAGGUAGGCUGUGUGAUUAAGUUGAACCCCUCCGACUCCCAGGAGCUUCUAGUAACUCACACAGUUCCACUUCCGUUACUGAAAAAAAUCCUAAAAAAAAAAAAAAAUUGGAAUUAUAUGCAUGAGGGCAGUGUGGCUCAUGAACAUGGUUUAACAGUCAUUUCCUCAUCAGCCUCUCUUUUUUUCUCUCUCAGAAAUGUAGCUCCUCUCUGCCUUGAAGACUUUCUUCUGGAACCACUUUGACUCAAAGCACUGAUGUGGAUUAGGACAAGAUUAGGAUGUACAACAUACUUUUACUCACAAUGAGCGGAAAGUGACCUGCAAACAUCCGGUCUCUGGUGCACCAUCACAAGACAACUGCAUCUUUGUCGUCAACGAACAGCCAGCAGCUAAAGCACCAGCUACUGAGAAGAAGGAACGACCCACGAGCAUCAUGAGUGAGGCAUCCAACUACACGGGAGGCUCAGACUACAUGACACACCCAAGCAGUCCAACAACCAGACAAUCAAGGUCAUCUAAAAAAGUCCACAAUUUUGGCAAGCGGUCACACUCCAUAAAGAGAAACCCAAAUGCUCCAGUAGUCAAGCGCAGCUGGCUUUAUAAACAGGACAGCACAGGAAUGAAGAUGUGGAAGAAGAGGUGGUUUGUGUUGUCUGACAUGUGCCUCUUCUACUAUAAAGAUGAAAAGGAAGAAGGAAUCCUUGGGAGCAUCCUUUUACCGAGCUUCCAUAUCUCUCUGUUAUCUGUGGAUGACCACAUAAGCAAGAAAUACGCCUUCAAGGCCACACACCCAAACAUGCGGACAUACUACUUUUGCACUGACACAGCCAAAGAAAUGGAGUCUUGGAUAAAAGUGAUGACCGAUGCUACACUUGUCCACACUGAGCCAAUCAAAAGACUGGAAAAUGUAAAGGUAGAUUCACGCAGCCCACUGGAGAUGAACAACAUGUUAAAUCACUGGGUUCUGACUCAACCUGAGAUCCAGAAUAAUGAGAGGAACCGUGAGAGUCUUCACCUUGAGGACAAAAAGCAGAAACAGCUGGAGAAACAGCCCAGGAUCCACAGAGAGAAAGAACGAUGUGCCGUUCAGAAAGACUCAGAAAAGUACCAAGUUCAAAAGGAAGGUGAAAAGUUUGCUCUAGAGAAAGAUGGACAGAAGUAUCCUCUUCAGAAGAGUGGCUAUAGAUACAUGCUACAGAAAGAUGUGGAAACAUUUGGUGUACAGAAAGAUGGAGAAAAGUAUGCCUCUACUCUGCAGAAGGAUAGUAAACGGCAUGCCCUCCAGAGAGAUGAAGAAAUAAAUCUGCUGCAAAAAGAAAUGCAAAGAUACACUCUGCACAAAGACAGUGACAAGCAUGUGCUUCCAAAGGACAAUGAGAUACAUAGUGUGCACAAAGACGGUGAGAAAUAUCUCCAGAAAGAUGGAGGACGACCUACACAGAAGACCACAGUGCAGAAAGAAGCAGAGAGGUCCAGGCUUCAGCGAGAAGACGAGAAGUACAGCUUGCAGAAGGAUGGGAAUGUGGAGCAGCCCCUCUCCAAAGUGGACAGCGUCAAGCUGCAGCCUGUGCAGGCAGCCACCGACGUCACGGCUGUGUCUCCAUCAUGGCAGCUGCAGAGCAGAGGAGGCUCAGCUCAGUAUAAAGCUACACAAGUGAAUGGCUCAGGAGGAGAGCAGAGCCCAGGAGAAAUGGGUAACUCCAUUCCACAAAGGACAGCCGUACAGCCUCAGCAGCCUGCAGAGCCAGAGCGGAGCUUAAGCAGGUCUAACUCCAUUCAGCUGGAGCAGUAUUUUAGGACACACCGCACCAAGGUCCAGGACGACGACACUAAGAGCAUCACUUCAUAUCAGACUCUGCCCAGGAACAUGCCUAGCCAUCGGACACAGGUGGUGCCGCGCUAUCCCGAGGGGUACCGCACGCUUCCACGUAACAUGCUGCGGCCGGACAGCAUCUGCAGUGUGGCAGGUUCGGUGUACGACUGUGCGCUGCAGCCCGUGGCAGCAGAGAAGAGGCGCUCUAUGCGAGAUGACACUUUGUGGCAGCUGUAUGAGUGGCAGCAGAGGCAGGCCUACAGCCGUAUGGGCUACAGCACACUGCCCAGCCCCAAGACUCUGAGCCACAUUGCCGAGUCCAUCCCCUCAUCGCCCUCGCACGGCUCCCUGGCUCUGUACCACUCCGUCUCCCCUAACCGGCCCUACAAUCCCAGCACAAUGUCUGAAGUUUCCUCACCUGUGUUCCGUGGAGAUGUCAGCAUUGACCGGCGCCACAGAGCACACCGUGCGAAGUAUGCAUACCCACCUGAUUGCAGGGUCCCAGCAGCUCAGAGCAUCACACCGCAGUCUCUGCAGGGUAAAACGACUGAAGCGUCUGAACUGCCUGCCCAUCCCCUCAGUGACUGGCUACUAGAGACGAAUGGGGGACGAAAAUCUCCCUUAUCAACACCCUCUCCUUAUCAAACAGGUUUAACACCGAAGCCAGAAGAGCUGACCCUGUUGCUUAUCAAGCUGCGACGGCAGCAGGCUGAGCUCAACAGCAUCCGAGAACAGACUCUCACUCAGCUAAUGCAGCUAAACGUUGAUGCCGCCAACCCGAAGAAUAAGGUGCUUUCUCAUCACCUGCAGAGGAAUCUCAUGUAUCUGGACAGCCAGAUGAAGCAGAAUGAGCCUAUAAUCUUCAUGAUUCACACUAUGAUUGAGAGCUCGGCACCGAGGCCUCAACUAUACCAGCAAAUGAGUCCUGAGGCAUACAGCGAGAGCAUAUAUGGCUACAGACCUGAAGAACUGGAUGUUGAUACUAAGUUAAGCAGAUUGUGUGAACAAGGCAAAGUGGUGCGGACACAAGAGGAGAAGCUUCAGCAGCUCCACAGAGAGAAGCACACCCUAGAAACAGCCCUUUUAUCAGCGAGUCAGGAGCUUGAGAUGAGCGCAGAUAACCCAGUGGCUGUGCAGAGCCUCAUGCAGCAGAGGGACGUACUGCAGAGCGGCCUUUUGAGCUCCUGCCGAGAACUAUCCCGCGUCAGCACUGAGCUGGAUAGAAGUUGGAAAGAGUACGAUAAACUGGAGGCUGACGUGAGUUUGGCUAAGAGGAACCUGCUCGAUCAGCUGGAGGUUCUCGGCAGUCCACAGACAGAACCCCCUAGUCAGCAGCAUGUGCAGAUUCAAAAGGAGCUGUGGAGGAUUCAGGACGUGAUGGAUGCACUGAACAAAAAUAAGCCAAAGAGAAACGCUGAGCCAAGCUUUCCACCUUCUGGUCUUCAGAAAAAGGAGGAGUCAGAUUCAGUGCCCCCACGUCCUCCGCUUCCCCACCUUUAUGAGGGCAGAGGGCGGCUGUGUGUGCCCCACCUGCCCAGCCCCAGCCAGCUUCACCCACCUCGCACAGGCCCUCACCAGCCCGAGGACCGCAAAGCCGCCCAGCGCAAUGGCAGUCACAGCGGUCCAGACUACAGGCUGUAUAAGAGUGAGCCGGAGCUGACAACAGUGGCUGAAGUAGACGAGAGCAAUGGAGAGGACAAAUCUGAUCAGGCUGCUGAGAAGGAGCCCUCUAGUACGAAAGUGUCCUAUCCUGUGGGAGUAGUGAGCUCAAGGACAAAGUCGCCUAUGCCAGUGUCCUCCACUAUUGCUUCUUAUGUGACUUUGAGGAAGGCCAAGAAACCUGAACCAAAAACAAACCGUCCAAACAGUACAGUGGAGCACAUUAGCAGCAGUGUAGAGGGAGUUCGUCAGCGCAUGAGUGUCGAGGAGCAAAUGGAGCGGAUUCGGAGGCACCAGCAGGGUGCGCUGCGAGAGAGAAGGAGGGAAGACGGUUCUCUUUCCCGCAGUCUUUCCUUCACCAAAGACACCCCCUAUUACUACACCCUGCAGAUGAGCACAAAAAGAAGGGAGAUGUCAGGUGGAGACUCAAACCAGAUCAGAGCCACUACGUUCAAAGAAAACUGCAAAGCAAUGGAGCAGGAGCUGGGGAAAGUGUCAGGGUCUGAGUUUGGUGAAAAGGUCUCUGUAGCCAGCAGAAGCCCAGAGCAGGGCAAACCCCUGGGCACUGAGGACAGUCUGCAGACUGCAGUGAUGGUACGAGUGGACACAGAGGAAAAUGAUGACGACGAGGAUCUCUCUGGACAAAGUCAAGAUCGGAUCAUCAAGGACUCCUACAAUCUGACGUCCUCCAAACACAGCACGACAGCUUCAGUGAACAGCCUUUCCAGUUCGCCUCAGUCUCCAAGCUCCUCUCCUCUUCCUUCCUCCCCUCCUCACCUCCCUGAUGGUUCCCACUUCAUGUGUGUGUAGUGGAGAAAAAAGUACACCAGCAUUGCCACCAACAUCCCUAAACACUGACACGUGAAGGAAGUCCUAACGGAGAACCAAAAACGCAGCCUUGUAGAGCAGCGAGAGGCCGCACCGACAACCCAGUCGCAGCUCAUGCCAUUGCUCUAUUUACCAACUGCCACAGAAGAAUUAGACAAACAGGUUACCUUAGAGUUAUUAAUGUUAUUAUUUAUAAUAUUGUUCUUAUUUUCAUGUUUUCUUGUGUUUAUUACGAUUGCGAGUUUUAUUCAGUGUUCGAGUAGGCAUUUUGUAUAAAAGGAUAUGAGCAGUGCUGUGAGGAGGGUCUACUGAUUUACAGGUUUAAGAGCAGCCACGGUCUCUUCAGCGUUACAGCUACAUUCUCUCUCUCACACACACGCCCACACGCACACACCAUUUUACUUCACAUAUCCAGGAGUUAUGCACAGAAUCUGCUUGUAUCUUUAUUUAAAAAGUCUGGCUCUUUUACUGCUGGUGAAAACACUCCGGUUUUAGCAUUCAUACCUUUUGCACUGUAUAACACCUCACUGAUUUUUUUUUUAAAGUAGUAACAUGUGGAUAUCAGAUUAUCUGUACAGAACACAUACCGUGUGAAAGAUGAUUUCAUUACAGCACUGCUAUACCACUGCAGAUGAAAAUAUAUUAUUUUAGCUUUGUAAAGAAAGUUUAGAUAGUCUGUGAUUUCCUGCAGCACUGUUCCCCAACAGAACAUUCAUCAACAUUCAUUUUAUAUUUCUAUGGCUGAGAUAUAUUUAACUAAAGUAUUAAAGAGAGUAUUAAAAAAAGAUUUGGUUUAGUGUGGUCUCUGUCCAUAUUGGGGUCCAGCUCUAGAGAAGUAUAGCACAUGUAAAGGUAAAAAGCAAUAACCAGGGUUUUGGUGUUAACUUUAUUGUAGAAGAUGUAAAGAUCAUAUUGUAUAUAAUGUACACCAUACAAUAAAAUUAUAAAAGCUUAUCUAAGGAGUCAAUAUGCAAAUCUCAUCUGUUUUAUAUCAUGUGAAAUAAAUGUUGUUAUAAAAGGUU